CUCAUGAAACAGCUGUACACGCAAGGAUGGUACAACAGCUGGCCUACUAAAAAUUGGCGGGAAUCUCUGCAGACGAGUGAUCACGUGUCUAUUAGGUUGGGUGUGGCCAGACUCAGACAAUUGAGAAUUAAAGAAAACACCUGUCGAAUAGAGAAGCAGUUUCAAAAGCUGAUAAGACACUGCAGAACUGAUUACAACUGGUUGGACGACGAUGCUGCCUCUUACGAUACUGGCUGGUCUUCACACAAUCCCUGGUUAUAUAGAGAUUCGACAGAGCUGAAAAGCGCUCCGUACGUGGGACAGGUUAACACCUACAAAGGCGGAGGCUAUGUUUUUAAUUUCUAUUGCAAUCCGCAAAAAUCUUUAAGGAAAUUGGCCGAUUUGCAGUCAAAUAACUGGCUUGAUGUCAAAACAAGAGCCCUCCUUGUAGAAUUCACCGUUUACAAUGGCAAUGCCAACCUCUUUGGUUCAGUUAUCAUGUUGUUAGAAUUUUUGUCAAACGGUAUGCCUGUUGUUUCACAGGAAGUUAAAGUUUUCAAAAUUUCCAGUUAUGUCGGUGCUUUUGGAAUCAUCGUUGCUAUCUUUCAGGUAAUCUACGUGGGGUUUGUCAUCUACUUCCUGGUGCAUAUAAUAAAUUUGAUGCGGAAGCAGAAACGUGAGUACUUCAGAAGCUUCUGGAACUGGCUGGAACUUCUGACCGCCAUCAUGUCCAUCGUCACCAUCGCCAUGUACGGAAUGAAGAUGAUUUUUGGGAGCACAGCCAUGGAUGUGCUCAAGGAAACAGGCUCAGGUGACUACGUGAACUUCGUGACAAUUGGACUCUGGGCGGAAACAUACGGCAUAGUUCUUGCAAUUGUUGUCUUUCUGGCCACUUUAAAAUUUAUUAACAUGUUGAAGUUCAACAGACGUCUGUCUAUGUUGACUGAAACUAUAAAGUUUUCAGUGAAAGACAUGAAAACUUUCGUGAUCACCUUUUUCAUUUAUUUAUUGGCAUUCGGACAGCUUGGCUAUCUUCUGUUCAGCUCUAAACUGGUCACCUAUAAAAGUUUCUCCUCAGUCAUUGAAACUCUAUUCCAAUUCUUUAUUGGGAGUUUCACUUUUAGCGACUACCCAACCGCCCAGCCCAUCCUCGGCCCAAUCUUCUUCUUUCUGUUCGUAUGGGUCAUCAUAUACGGCAUGCAGUCCAUGUUCCUGGUUAUCAUCGUCGAGGCCUUCCAGGCGGUCAGAAAAGAGAACCAGUUCAAAAGGAAUGAUUACGAAGUUGGAGAAUACAUGAUCGGGAAAGUUAAGGGUCUCUUCGGCCAAUAA